AUGUUGAAGCAGCAGAGUACGCGAACUAGCCUGCAAGUGGCUCCGUUGACGAUACAGAAGACGAGGCUUGGGACAUCUUGGGUUUCCUUGGAUGCGGCUGACUCGGCAACCCGCUGCUCCGACGCGCAGAUGACGCCGCCCGCGACACCCAAUGGCUCUCAGGAGCACUGUGGUGGCCCUGUCAGCAGCCCCGUUUUCCACAGCUUCCUGCGGGCAUUUUACCCUUUCCAACCCGACUACGUGACCAACGACGCAACAGUCACAUUACCUCUGAACGAGGGAGACGUCGUGCUGGUGCACUCCAUCCAUACCAAUGGCUGGGCAGACGGCACUCUGCUCGCAGAUGGAGCGAGAGGAUGGCUGCCGACCAACUACUGCGAACCCUACGACCCGGAGGAGAUGACGCACCUGCUAAAGGCCUUGCUUAACUUAUGGGACUUGAUGCGCAGCACUUCAGUGAACGACAGCGAGAUAUUCACCAACCAGGAGUUCACGAAGGGCAUCAUUGCCGGCGUUCGCUACCUAUUGGAACAAACACAGUGCCUUGCAAGGGAGGCACCCCUGCUGUUAAGGCACGAAGGACUUCGGCGGUGUCGGAAGUCAUUGUUAUCGGAGGUGACGGCGCUGGUCAAGGCAGCUAAAAGGUUACAGGACGCGCAGAGAAUCACUGUGGCCGAGGACAUAAAUGACGUUGUGGACGACAUGAUCUUAAAAGCCUUGAAAAUCAUCACCAAGGGCGUCAGAUUCUUGGAUAUCUGGGAGGACGACCGGGCAUCGCGGUUACCGGCAGUCGCUGUGUUGACACCGCUGCCAGAGGAAGCCCUCGUGCCACUGACGCCGCCAGCCGACUCGGCUACCCUGGGUACUGGGGCGGACCACGCCACCACUGCAAAGUCCCGUGCUGACAACAUCGGCAAUGAUUCCGAGGCGACACCAUCAGAGCUGGUGGCGUGCAGCGCCCGUUUGUCAUCUGCUUGUUCCCUACAGGGCAACACGAAUGUGCGCCGAUCAUCCCAGCACAGCAUGGCACAAUCGAAUCGACUUUCAUCCACCAUAUCGCAUCGUGUCAGCUUCGCCGGUUUGCCCUCGUGCUCGCGGGCAGAGAAUUUGGUCUCGGAGCGGCUCAGCAAAUGCCACGAUAUCUUCCUCUCGCACCUGGGAUCCUUUAUCGGGCGGCUGCAACUCCAAUCUCAAUCUCGUCCCAGCCUCGCAAUUGCGGUCAGACAGUCGGCCACGUCGGGCGGAGAGUUGCUCGCAGUGGUGCAGGUUGUCUGCGCACACACUCCGAUAAGCAUUGAUGCGCUCGAGCAGGCCCGUGCCGCCAUGUACAGCCGCAUCCAAGAUCUGGUGCACACGGCACGCGGGGUUCUCACCGGUUCCGAGGCCGAUAUGGAGGACGACGUGAUCGUGCCACACGACAACGGCCGCUUGUUGGGAGCGGCGACGGGGUGCGUGAAAGCUACAGGGGAGUGCAUAGCGAAGACGAGAUGGGUAAUCGAGCGCAUCGGCGACUUCGAGUUCGAGUUCAACGACUGCAGCCUCGGCAUCGACUUUGGCUUGUCCGACCUGGCUCCUGUUCAAGAUCAAAACACCAAUUCCUGUGGCACCGAGUUGGGGAGUAUUGCCGAGUCGAGCUUAUCCGAAACCCCAACCGCAUCGACAGCGAAUUCCGUGGCCAGUCUCACGUCCACACACGCCCGGGCCAUCUCGAUCGACAAACCGCUCCCGGACGUUCCUCAGGUCACUUCCCCUGUCUCAGAGCAGCCGACGUCACACGCGUCGCUGCUGGCAUCGCAUGCACAAUCGUUCCACCUGGACAGCCGCGCUUCCUCCGUUUCUUCCCUCCGCCCUGACCUACCCCCGCUUCCGAAGCUCUCAACCACAGCGUUCCCGAUCGAAAACUACAGCCCCACAGAGCAUUCUGCCACCCGAGAGAACGAGUUCCACUCUUUCCGGUCCGAAAUUAUGACCGCAUCGAGCGCUGGGUCUGGUAGCACCUACCUCAGUCGCGGUUCCGAGUCGAGCCUCAUCUCCCAGAGCUCGACUCGGGCGACGACCCCGGACAACACCCAAGCACCCAAAGCCCAACCGUCAUUGUCAAAUUUGAGCGUGACAGAAAGCCUGGCGGCGACUGAAGAUGAGGACGUUGAGUCGCGGCUUUUGGCGAAAACCUUUGCCCACGAAUUGAUCUUUAACAAGGAGGGCCAGGUCACCGGGGGCUCGCUGCCCGCUUUGGUCGAGCGCCUCACAACCCACGAGUCGACCCCAGACGCCAUGUUUGUGUCGACCUUUUACCUCACCUUCCGCCUCUUCUGCAGCCCGGUCACACUUACUGAAGCCCUGAUCGACCGAUUUGAUUAUGUCGGGGAAUCUCAGCACAUUGCCGGUCCUGUGCGGCUGAGAACAUACAACGUCUUCAAGGGCUGGCUCGAGUCGCACUGGCGAGCCGAGACGGACAACGAGGCGCUUUCUUUGAUUAGGCAGUUUGCCGAGCACAAACUGGCUGCUGUGAUUCCGUCGGCUGCUCGACGGCUCCUCGACCUUGCCGAGAAGGUGUCCGCAGUCGAUGGCACUCUGGUGCCACGUCUUGUCUCAUCCAUGGGCAAGACCAACACCGCCGUCUCGCAAUACGUCCCACCUGACACCCCGCUUCCCGCCCCCGCCAUUACCAGGAGCCAGUUGAACGCCUUGAACAACUGGAAGAUAGGAGGCGGCUCCCCGUCCAUCCUCGAAUUUGACCCACUCGAGCUCGCGCGCCAGCUGACCAUGAAGCAAAUGACGCUCUUUUGCUCCAUCUCACCGCAAGAACUCCUGGGUGAGAAAUGGACGAAGCAGGGCGGUACCAGCACGCCAUCUGUGAAGGCAAUGUCCUCCUUCACCACGGGGCUGACAAAUCUCGUCGUCGACAGUAUUCUUCAAUAUGAGGAGGUCAAGAAGCGAGCACAUGUCAUCAAGCAGUGGAUCAAGAUCGCCACACACUGUUCCCAGCUCCACAACUACGACGCCGUCACGGCUAUCACCUGUGGACUUAACGACACGAGCGUCAAACGUCUGAAGAUGACGUGGGAGGCUGUGCCAGGCAAGCGCAAGGAUAACCUCAAGUCGUUACAGGCCAGUGUUGAGUUCAACCAAAACUUCAAGGUCCUGCGAGCGCGGCUUCACGACCAAGUGCCGCCAUGCCUGCCCUUCCUCGGCAUGUUCCUGACCGACCUCACGUUCGUUAACGCGGGCAACCCCGAUACCCGAACGACAGACACCGGCAUGACGGUCAUCAAUUUUGACAAGCACACCCGAACUGCAAAGAUCAUCGGCGACGUCCAACGCUUCCAGAUCCCUUACCGGCUUGCUGAGUUGCCGGAGCUCCAGGAGUGGCUUACCAAGCAAAUCGACAUUGUCCGCGAGAAGGAAAGCGCGGGCGCCAACGCCCAGGCGACAAACUACCGGAAGAGUCUUCUGCUCGAGCCCCGGGAAAUGCAGCAACUGCGGACGCCCAUCGAAGCGCCUUCCGAAAAAUCCAGCAGCAGCAUGUUCAGCUGGAUGAGAAGCAACAGCAUAUCCGCCUAG